AUGGACUUACAACACACCAACGGAUGGAAAGCAAUUAGUGGAUCACAGCUUGGUUUGUUUGUACUUGCUAUUGGUGCAUUCAUCUGCAUCACAGUCAUCCAAGUCAGAAAAGGAUUUAAAAUCAAGACUAUCUUACCAUUCUUUAUCCUCAUGAUAAUCUUCAACGGUGUUAAAAUUGUUGGUGGGAUCCUUGGGUUGGUGUUUCUUGGAAAUGACCACUUCAACAAUGGUUUAUUUAUUGCUACUUAUAUUUGUGAUUCGAUCAGUUUAGGCUUCAUAACAAGAGCAAUUAGUUCAUUGGUGCAGGAUGUCAUGACGAAGAAACUGCAAACCCCCGUGGGCGGUGAUGAUAACGAUGUUAUCGACUCGGAUAGUGAUACUAAUGGGUCCAUCAGAGGUUUUACAAAAGGUCCGGAGGACGAGGAGUCUGCACAUCACCACAAUGUAAGCGAAGUUUCAAUAUCCCCCUUUAGCAGAGUUGAAAAUUUGAAAAAGGCACCAUUCAAAAUCCUUACUGUGGUUUUAAUCGCCGCCGUGAUCACAAACAUUAUUGGAACAAGCCAAUUAGAAAGUGAUGGUCUGUCAUCAAACUCUACUGAGCAAACAUUGAUCAAAGUUUCAGCUGUGCUUUUUGUCGUUGGUGUUGUGGGUCUUAUCGCUGUGUUGGUGCACAUAUCAAUAACUGCAUCACACUGUGCUUGUAUAGCUCAGAUAUUGAUUGCAGCAUUGGUGGUGUUGAUUGUUCGAUGCGUUUAUUCAUUGUUAAGUGCUUUCCAUGGUAUUAAUUUCAAUUCACCAAGCGAAUACAUUUUGAUGUUUGGUAAACCCAAAUUUUACGGCUGCUUGGCUUUGUAUCCGGAGAUUUUGGCUAAUAUCAUUUUAUUAAUUGCUCAUUACAAGUGGUGA